CAAGAUGUGAAUCGCAUCCUGAAAACAAGCGCUAUCUCGGAGUCUCUUAUCAUACGCAUAAAGAAAUAUUGACUUUAUAUUGCUAGGAUGUUUGUUUCAAGUUGGUUGUUUUCUACUUGAAACUAAUUAAAAACAGGAGAUUAGUAAACGUCUAGCAUGGUACAGCCAACGCUCUCUGCAAGUGUCGGAUAUGGCAUAGUCGUUGGUCUCGGAUUGGGUUUCACUGUAUUGAUGAUAUCUGUUUCAUGGGUUCUUAAAAAAUACAACAGAGAAAACCAAACAUCUGAACACUUUAACACUGCUUCACAUAGUGUUAAAACUGGUUUAGUCGCUAGUGCUGUUGUGAGUAGCUGGACGUGGGCAUCAACAUUACUCACAAGUGCUCAAAAAACUUACCAAUACGGUGUUUCAGGAGCAUUCUGGUAUGCUUCUGGUGCUUGUGUUCAAAUAUUGUUAUUCACAGUUUUGGCAAUUGAGUUAAAGAGGAAAGCACCCAAUGCUCAUACUUUCCUGGAAGUUGUUCGAGUCCGAUGUGGUCCCGUAGCACACAGUGUUUUUAUUUUUUUCGCUUAUGUUACCAACAUCCUUGUAAUGGCUAUGCUGUUAUGCGGUGGAUCGGCCACAAUUGCUUCCGUGACUGGAAUGAAUACUGUGGCUGCGUGCUUUCUACUUCCAGUAGGAGUCAUAAUAUAUACUAUUUUUGGAGGAAUUAAGGCUACUUUCCUUACAGAUUAUAUUCAUACGAUUAUUAUUUUGGUGAUUUUGAUCAUGUUUAGUUUGACAGCGUAUUCAGCUGGUGAUAAAAUUGGUUCACCAGGUAAACUUUACGAUAUGUUAAAAGCCGCAGGGAAUUCUCAUCCUGUGGAAGGAAAUGCCGAAGGAAGUUACCUCACUAUGAGAAGUCGAGAAGGAGCUAUUUUCUUCAUAAUUAACCUUGCUGGUAAUUUUGGUACCGUGUUUGUAGAUAACGGGUAUUGGCAAAAAGCUAUCGCGGCAAACCCUGCUUCUGCACUGCCUGGCUAUAUUUUAGGGGGUCUUUCCUGGUUUGCAAUUCCUUGGUUAGCUGCUACUACAACUGGUCUUGUAUGCAUUGCACUUGAAGGUAUGCCUUAUUUCCCUACAUACCCAAAUCGUAUGAGUGAUUUAGAAGUCAGUCAAGGACUAGCUUUACCCUAUGCAGCCAUUGCUUUAAUGGGUAAAACAGGUGCUAACGCUACUGUACUGCUUAUAUUUAUGGCCGUAACAUCUGCAGCUUCAGCAGAAUUAAUCGCUGUUUCAUCUAUUUUUACUUAUGAUAUAUACAAACAAUAUAUAAGACGCAACGCCAGCAACAAAGAAUUACUGUAUACUGGGCAUGUCGCAUUAAUAACAUUUGGAUUUACAAUGUCGGCUUUUGCAACUGGAUUAUACUAUGGAAAAGUAUCAAUGGGUUAUUUGUACCUGUUGAUGGGAGUAUUAGUAUGUCCUGCAGUCAUCCCUGCAACGUGCGUUAUGCUAUCUACACGAGCUUCUAAACUAGCAAUUACUCUUUCGCCCGUAUUAGGCCUUAUUUCCAGUGUUGUUUGUUGGCUUGUGGUCGCAAGUGCGCAAGGUUCAGGUAAAUUAACGAUUGAUACGACAGGAGCGAAUAAUCCUAUGCUAGCGGGUAAUGUUGUCGGACUUUUGAGUCCCGUGGUAUAUUUAAUUGUUUUGUCCUUCUUAAAGCCCGAAAAGUAUAAUUUUAAGGAACUACUAGAUAAGUUUGAGAUGCACUAUGAUUCCGAAGAAGAAAAGAUUCUGCAAAAGAAAAAACUUAACCGUGCAAGUAUAAUAUCAAAGAUUGCUGCAACCGCCGUUGCCGGAGUGUUCAUCAUUCUGUGGCCUUGGCCGAUGUAUGGGUCAAAGUAUAUAUUUUCAAAGCGGUUCUUUACUGGAUGGGUUGUGGUAGGAUUGAUUUGGAUUUUUUUUACGGUGUUUUCAGUUGGAAUAUUCCCCUUAUGGGAAGGACGAAACGAUAUUUAUCACAUUGUGAAAAGAAUGAUCGUGUCAGCGUUUGGAGCCAAAAUUAUUGAAAGUGAAGAUAUUGGAGAAGUUGCUGGCAUCGAUAUUAAAGGGGAGGAAAAAAAAGAGAAAGAGAAGUCGUUUAUUGAUAUUUAACUUUGAAAUUGUAAAAACAAGUUGAUAGGAACUAUUGAAAGAAAUGUUGAAGAUAUGAAUUUAUGUUUAUAUUAAAAAUUUUCCUUAUAAUUUCUUAUAUUUUUGUGAACAUGAGUUGUUUGAUUCAGAAAUGAUGUUUACAAAUAGUCGUGCUAUUAGAAUGAAAUAGAUUCAAAC